AUGGCCGAUUUCGAAGUGGAGGAGCUUCUGAAGAAGCUCACCGUCUCCGAGAAGGUCGACCUCCUGGCUGGUAUCGACUUCUGGCACACCAAGGCCCUUCCCAAGCACAACAUCCCCUCCGUCCGACUCUCAGAUGGCCCCAAUGGCGUUCGCGGCACAAAGUUCUUCAACGGCGUCAAGGCCGCCUGUUUCCCCUGCGGAACGGCGCUCGGCGCCACCUUCAACACCACCCUCCUCGAGGAGGCCGGAAAGAAGAUGGGUGAGGAGGCCAAGCUCAAGGGAGCUCACUGCAUCCUCGGCCCCACCAUCAACAUGCAGAGGUCCCCACUCGGCGGCCGAGGCUUCGAGUCCCUGGGCGAGGACCCCGUCCUCGCUGGUCUCGGAUCCGCCGCCAUCGUGAACGGCAUCCAGAGCACCGGCAUCCAGGCCACUCCUAAGCACUUUGUCUGCAACGACCAGGAGCACAGGCGCAAUGCUGUCCACAGCAUCGUCACCGAGCGCGCCCUGCGCGAGAUCUACGCCCUUCCCUUCCAGCUCACCUUCCGUGACGCCCAGCCCGGCGCCCUGAUGACCGCUUACAACGGCGUCAACGGCACCAUGUGCAGUGAGAACCAGGAGCUGCUCGAGGGUCUGGUGCGCAAGGAAUGGGGCUGGGACGGCAUGAUCAUGAGCGAUUGGUACGGCACCUACAGCACCACGGAGGCUGCCAACGCCGGUCUCGACCUCGAGAUGCCCGGCCCCCCGCGCUUCCGCGGCGAGCCCCUCAAGUUCAACGUCUCGACCGACAAGGUCCGCCAGCACAUUCUCGACGAGAGAGCUCGCGCCAUGCUCAAGUUCAUCAAGAAGUGCGUGGCCACCGGUAUUCCCGAGGGCGCUCCCGAGUUGACCGGUGACACCCCCGAGACCGCCGAGCUGCUGAGACGUAUCGGUGGCGAGAGUCUGGUUCUCCUCAAGAACGAGAACAACGUUCUUCCCUUCAAGAAGGACAAGAAGACCGUCGUCAUCGGCCCCAACGCCAAGAUCUGCACCUACCACGGAGGUGGCUCCGCCUCCCUGGCCGCCUACUACGCCGUCACCCCCUUCGACGGCAUCAGCAAGAAGCUCAGCUCUCCCCCCGAGUACACCGAGGGUGCCUACUCUCACAAGCUCCUCCCCCUUCUCGGCAAUGUCGUCAAGUCCAACGGCAAGCCCGGCAUGACCAUGAGGGCCUAUAACGAGCCCCCCACCGACCACAGCCGUGAGUCUCUCGACGAGCUCCUCCUCACCAAGACCGAGCUCCUCCUCGUCGACUACUACAACCCCAAGCUCAAGUCCAACCUGUGGUACGCCGACUUCGAGGGCUCCUUCGUCGCCGAGGAGGACUGCACCUACGAGCUGGGCCUCAUCGUCUGCGGCACGGCCAACCUCUUCGUCAACGACAAGCUCGUCAUCGACAACACCACCAAGCAGCGCCAGGGCGACGCCUUCUUCGGCGCCGCCACCGUCGAGGAGAAGGGCCGCGUCCAGCUCAAGAAGGGCGAGACCUACAACUUCAAGGUCGAGUUCGCCUCCGCCCCCUCGUCCAAGCUCCAGGGCGACAACGUCGUCUUCGGCAGCGGCGCCCUCCGCAUCGGCGGCUGCAAGGUCAUCGACGACAAGGCCGAGAUCGCAAAGGCCGCCGCCCUCGCCAAGGACGCCGACCAGGUCAUCAUCUGCUCCGGCCUCAACGCCGACUGGGAGACCGAGGGCAACGACCGCGCCGACAUGGAGCUCCCCGGCUACCUCAACGACCUCAUCUCCGCCGUCGGCAAGGCCAACCCCAACACCGUCGUCGUCAACCAGUCCGGCACCCCCGUCCGCAUGCCCUGGAUCGACGACGUCGCCGCCCUCGUCCAGGCCUGGUACGGCGGCAACGAGACCGGCAACGCCAUCGCCGACGUCCUCUUCGGCGACGUCAACCCCUCCGGCAAGCUCUCCCUCAGCUUCCCCCAGCGCGUCCAGGACAACCCGGCCUUCCUCAACUACCGCGCCGAGGCCAGCCGCACCCUCUACGGCGAGGACGUCUACAUCGGCUACCGCUACUACGAGUACCUCGACCGCCCCGUCCUCUUCCCCUUCGGCCACGGCCUGUCCUACACCAGCUUCGCCCUCAGCGGCCUCUCCGUCGCCGACAAGGACGGCAAGCUCGCCGUCGACGUCACCGUCAAGAACACGGGCUCCAUCGACGGCGCCGAGGUUGUCCAGGUGUACGUCGCCCCCAAGCAGAAGGCCAAGAUCAACCGGCCCCUCAAGGAGCUCAAGGGCUUCGCCAAGGUGGCCCUCAAGGCGGGCGAGAGCAAGAAGGUCACCGUCGACAUCGAGACAAAGUACGCCGCCAGCUACUUCGACGAGGAGCGCCACCAGUGGUGCGCCGAGAAGGGCGAGUACGAGGUCAUCGUCGGCGACAGUAGCGCCGUCACGGACAAGGCCGUCAAGGGAUCCUUCAGCGUCGGCGAGACCUUCUGGUGGACCGGCUUGUAA